GGUAUUCCUACGAAAAUUAGCAAGGAUUCGCUUGGCUUCAAGAUAUUAAAUGACAGGGCAGCAGGCUGAAAAAUCAUUGGGUGCUACAAAGAAGAAAGGUGUGACAAACUUUGUUGCACCUGGUUCCAUAAGGAGGAUAACAAAACGAGCAAGCUUCGAUUCAUUAAUCACUACACCAAAUGUUUCUUCAACUUCUCGUGAUACAUCACAUAGGCAACCUAUGAUGGAAACAAUGGAGGUACGAAUACAUCUAGGACCAGUGUUAUACGUCCACCACCAGUGGAAGAAAUGGUCAUGACUGAAAAUACAACUGAAAAUCAGCGGCCUGUCAAUCAAGGUGUCGGUGUGACAAGAAACAAUGGAGAUAUGAAUACAUCUAGGACUAGUGUUGUACGCCCACCACCAGUGGAAGAAGUGGUCAUGGCUGAAAAUACAACUGAAAAUCAGCAGCCUGAUCAAGGAGUGACAAAAGAAAGGAAAAAACGGGGCAGAACAAUUUGCAAACAACUUAUUAACUUGAAACCUGGGCAAAAGUUGCCAAUCAUCUUCAAAAACAGGCGUGGUGCUGGUCUUAAUGGAUCCGUCUGGUCAAGCUACCUUGGCACAAUUAUUCGGAACUCACAGAUGUGCCCGGUUAGAGUUAAGGAUUGGGAUGAGACAGGUAGAGAAGAAUUAGAACAUAUGUGGGCUGCAGUUAAGGAAUAUUUUACAAAUCCUGAUAUGGAAUCUGCAAAGGAGGAUGUUUUCGACCAUAUGAAUGAAAUAUGGAGAACUUGGAGAUCUAAGAUGAAUUGUAAACAUGUGAAAGUUCGUGACAACUUGGAAGAUAUUCUCGGAGAUGUUCCAGGAUUCCUCAACAAAGAAGAUUGGGAGUGGGUUGUGAAGGAGAAGUUUCUUUCUAAAGAAUUUCUGGAGAUAAGUAAGAGAAAUGAAGAAAACAUAGCAAAGAAAACAAUGAAUCAGCACAGUGGAAGGAAACCGGUUCGACAAAUUGGGUUGAACUUGCUAUUUGUGGCGUUUUGGUGGUCUGCAAUCCUCUAAUUUUUUCUGCGUACAACACAAGAAGGGCAAAAUACAAGAAGACUAAGCCCUUCGUGCACAUUUAUAGAGUGCGGUGGUGAUCUUAUUUUGACGAAGGAUGGAGACUAUCAUAAUUAUUUUGUAGUAGCAUUGAUAUUUUGUGAAUGGUUGAUCAUUUUAUAUCAUGUUAUAUGAUCAGAAUACUACAAGAACUAAACUUCCUAAUUGUAUGUUAAUAUCGAUCAAUGUACAUUUGUGAAUAUAUUU